ACGCGGACGGGGAGCAAAUUGCCUGAGAGCCGAAACGCGCGAAACGACCCGCCCGCCCACGCGGCCCAGCCCAACCAGGUCGCACAACGCAACUCGCGAGGGCGAGCGACUGAGACCGUCUCCUCUCGUCUCGUCUCCCCGCUAGGGUUCAGGCCAUGGCGCACGGCCGCGCCGCCGCCGUACGCCGCCCCAAGUCGUCGUCGGCGUCGUCCGCGGGGGCGGCUGCCGAACGGAAGCGGAAGCGCGCCGCCGCCGCCAAGACCGUUUCCCUCAAGAACCAGAUCCGCUCCACCGAGCGCCUGCUCCGCAAGGACCUUCCUAAUGACAUUAGGGUAGCUCAAGAGAAGAAACUGGAAGAAUUGAAGCGGCAACAAGAGCUUCAGAAUCAACUGGCUAUUCAACGAACAGUUCAGCUGAGAGAUAGAAAGAUAAAAUUCUUUGAGAGGCGAAAGAUUGAGAGGAUGAUCAGGCGCCUUGAGAAGCAGCAACGUUCAAAUGCCGAUGAUGCCAGCAAUAAACUGUCAAAAUUAAAGGAAGAUCUUGAGUAUGUUAGGUUUUUCCCAAAGAAUGAGAAAUAUGUCUCACUGUUUUCUGGAGGGAAUACCCCAGAUAUGUUAGAGAAGAGGAAUAAGUGGCGUAAACAGAUAAAAGAAAAUUUGAUGGCUGCUGCAGAAAAUGGAAAAGACUUGGAAGAGACAGCAAGCGAUGAUGAUACUGUGGAUGUGAGUGAUGACGACUUCUUCAUGUCGGGGAGUUCAAGUGAUGAAGAGGCUGAUGAUGAAUGGACUGACAAAAGUGCCAAAGAACCAGCUUCCAGUGCUUCAGGUAAGGCAGCGUCUGGCAUGUCAAGCGAUGAAAAGAAUCAGCGUCAGAGAGAUGCUCGAGUUCUUAUGCCACCACCUCGUUCAUUAGCACCAAAUAGAACUAGACCAGGGGUGAAACACGUGUUAUCCAGCUCAAGCAAUACUUCAAAUAGCACAAGUGGUGGCACUUUCAAAAAUAGGAGAGCAGCAAAUCAGCCUGGAGAUCAUAACAGCAACCUGAGUUCAAAUUCUGAUGCUCAUAAACCACGUCGCAAAAGGAGACAUCGGAAGAAAAAGAAGCUGGCAUGAAUAUUCUGGAGCGUGAGGUGGAAGCUGAUUUUAUUCCCGCACCAAAGUGUGUACUAAGGCUGGUUACUAUCAAAAGAAUGGAGACAACAUGUGUGCCCUGAGGAAGUUGCUGAUUUUGUGCGCCCUCUCUCGAUGUAAAAUGAAUCUCCUAUCGCUCUUCACUCAAUCACUCAUUUGUUUUACAGUAACCAUCCAAAAAGUUCCGAUUAUUAACUGAAUGCAUGCUGGUCUUUACCAUGAAGCUGUGCUUUUCCUUAUUUUUUUUUCCUUCAUGACCCACCAUCAAUCAAUUCACGGGUACCUGAAAGCUGUAAUUGUGGUUUUAGGGACAGCUCCAUGAAUUCAGAAUUUCGGUACAUACUGAUUCUUGUCGGGAGGCAAAUGCAUAUGCUUUUAUCA